UCUCUAGAGUACUCUUCUAACCUCUAUAUUCUCUAUGAACAUCAAAUAAAUUUUAUUAAUUUCUAAUUAUUCCAAUUAAUAGAUUUUUAUUUCUGAUUUAUGAAUUUGCAUUAUUCAUAUUAUUGUUACAAGAUUACGAUGAAAAUUAAGUUAAUACCGUCACUUUUUAUUUCAAUAAAUCGACACAAAUAUUAUACAAAACGCUUAUUAUUUUUAAAUCAACCUCAUUUCUAUUUGGCCUUAAAUAUGCAUACCAAUUUUUCAAAAACAAUGUUUAAUAUUACCAAGAGGUAUAAGAGCAGCAAUCAAAGAAUUCCAAAGCAAUUCACUAGUACUCCAAUAACGGAAUCCGCUAUUGAUGACGCAGAUGAUUCAACUUACGAAACAGAAGAUAAAGGGAGCAAAAUAAUGAAUAUUUCUGUAAGUUCUUUGAGGAUUGAUCUGAUGUUAAAGACUGGACUCAGAAUGUCUCGAAAGAAAGAUCAAAAACCAUAUAUGUCCGCUUUAUUGUGUUCACACUGUAUAUAAAUAGCCAGGACAGUGCUUUUAUUCCUCAGUCUGUUCUCGCCCUUUGAAGCGGAGAGAUGAUACAGCUGUAAUAUCAACGGGAAAACGUGGAAGGAGGUUGAAAUCAAGAUGAACAAAUAUUUAGAAGACGUUCCUAUAUGGCUUAAGCUUAACAAACUAACAUUAAAUGAAAAUGGACCAUAACAAAAUAGACAUCUUGGACGUUACGGACAUGGGAAAUUCCAAAGUCCUCAUAAAAUUCAAAGGACAAAAAGAAGACGCCAUGAACAGCUUCAUGACACAUGGACCAUGCGUAAUCGCUUUCACACCAACAGCCACACCAAACAUGUAUAUAGCAAACAUCGAGUACGCAAAAGAAGAGAAUAAGAUCAGGGUGAUUAAAACAUACACAAAGUCAAAAUCACAAAGCAUAAUGGAGAAAAUGGGCUACAUAGAAGGCAAGGGCUUAGGCAAAGAUCUACAAGGUAGAACGGACCCAGUCAAAGCCGUACCAAAUGAAUACAGACAGGGCUUAGGUGCUACCAACCUAAAUUAUUACUCGGUCCACAAUGACACAAAUUUUGUCAUUGAACAAGAACAAGGACCACCAACCAUCAUAGAAGAACCAGGAGAGGUAAUGAGGGUCAGCAAAAUCAGUGAAAAAUCCAUAUCAAUAAGCAUAAGGGGAAACCCAGACGACAUAAAAGCAAACUUAAAACAAUUUGGACCAUGUGAAAUAGAGAAAGUUUAUACGGACCAACAAGGCCACACCAAACUAGUAGUGAGAUACCAGAUCCCUCUGCAUAACAAGAAAGCAGUGGAGUAUGCAACAGCAAUAAUAAAAAAAAAACCAUAGAAUAACCAAUACCAGAUAUCCCUACGCAGACAACACCAGGAGCAGCAAUAAACAUACCACUGGUCCUUCCGAUAUUACCACUGUUACCACCAGCAGUUCGAUGACCGCUAUUCGCAACGUCAUUAACAACAUCAUUACCAGCACGACCACAGAAAUAGCCAAGCGUAAAACCAAUACCGAUGCCAGAAAUAAUAACAGGACCACUGGAUGACACGACAGGGCUAAGAUUCUGUGCCCAGGUACCUUUUGGCAUGAACUCUGAAACCUUCGGAAGGAUAUUUGCUGUAUUUGGCCCUCUGGACCACAUAACUUUUGUCCUACACAAAAAGCAGGAACAUAACACACCACUCAGGAAGUACCUAGCCUUCGUGCAGUACUUCGACAAGGGGGAUGCCAAGAAAGCAAUAGACCAUUGCAGUGAAAGAUUCAAACAAAAAUGGGCAUCGCCACGGCACCUCAAGAAGAACGAGACACAGUACAGAAAAAAACACAGUGUAUGCGGCAGAAUGAGCGAUUAUAGAAACAAAGAACACCAUGCUUAUGUAAAAUACAAAAUGGAGAAACACUAAAACAUCACAAAGAGUGUGGCAAAUACAUACAAUACCAACACAUGGAAGCUCACAAACAACAUUGCAUAAGGGUCCAAGAGAACCCAAAAGAAGAAAAUAUGACCACAGAAGACGAAUUAAUAAGCAGGGACCAUUCAACAUCACCUGAGUAAUCAUAGUGGAGGAAAUAGACCUAGAGGAACUACCACAAGGACAUGAUGAAACAAACCCACUAGGAACAACAAUGGACCAAAAUAUUAAUCCAGUCAGUGAUCCAGAACGAAUACUCUGGGUACGGGAAAAUGACCGACAAAUCAACGAGGAAGAAGAAGACAGAAUGAGCAUCUAUAGUUACACGCGAUUAUCACAAUAAAAUUUUAUUUCAUUACUUUUUUUUAUCUUUCUAAAUUUUUUCUAUUAAUUCACUUUGUACGUGGCACAAAAAAAGAAAACUAGGGGGACCCAAAGAAAUAAACAAUAUAUUUUUGUACUUUUACAUUACACCAAGUUUAAUUGUAACCCUUAUGUAUGCAUAUAAAUAGAAUAUAAAACAUAAAAUUGUACACUAACAAAAUGAAGUAUUUAGACAUAAGACAACUAAUUAGCGCAGAUGAUCAAAAGUACUAACAAUUUAGCAUAUAAGGCAUCUAAUGUAGGGCCACGGACCACAGCAACAAAAGUAAGUGGAAUAUUAGUUAAAACCCACGUCCAAUAUCAAUAAAUAAUACUAAGGGAA